UAAGAGCAAUUAGCAAAACAAUUAAAUUAAAAUUAAGCUGUCUAAACGAAGACUUAUUUUCUAAUAGGACACUAAUAAUUGCGAUUUAGAUUCUGCUCAUUCAAGUAUUUUCUUUGUGUGCUCAGGGUCUAUUGUGUACAGCAUAGAGCAUCCAAUGCCAAGAAGUGCUUCUAAAACUUUAAGCUUGUUGAAUUCUUUUGAGAUAAAGGUUACUUGAUUAAUAAGCAAUGGAAGAUUAGACCGCACUUAAUGAAUUCUCUGUAUUUCAAAUUCUAAAUGUAAAGUUAAGCUUGUCUAUUUAAUUGACCUUUAUCUCUGGUCAUAGUAAAUGUGAUGUUGUGCUGUCCUGUUCCAAAAAUAUUGUAUGUUUUAACCCCUAGCAAGUAUUCCUACACUGUGUGUUAACAUGUAGACUCAAUAUGUACUGUGUAUUAUGUUGGGCAUUCCAGCUAGGGCAAACCAGGUCUUUGGUCUAAUGAAUGUUAGUUGUGGUUAUUUGGGUUUAAAGGAUUAAAUGUUCUGUUCUACGUCCCCAUUUAGAGAAUCCACAUCCCCCAUUAUCCCCAAUUACCACUUUUAGGGCUGUCUAAGUAAGCGAGCGAACAGGAGAACCGAGAGGUGAGAGAGCUGAGUGUUACCUGACUCUGCAGACCCUACAUUACAGACUGAGGAGUUGUCUCAGUCAGGCUGGAUAUUGAAUAACCACGUCUGAAAAGGGUUUCUUCACUGAAGCAAGCCAUUUGACUGAUUUUUUAAAUUCCUAGGCUCAUCGAAAACAUUGGAUAUAAUUUGCUUUUAUGUUUGCCUGACCAACUGGCCAUUCAUCAGCAGAUGGAGAAAUAGAUACCUAGUUGCUUAAUCCCCAAAUGAUGCCUGGGUUGGCCCCAAUGGCAGCCACAUUUGCCCUCCACCAAGGACCCUUCAGCUCUCAGCAGGGGGCUUUCCAGCCAAAAACAUCAAAUGUUCUAAACUUGGCACCUGAGUCACAUAAGCAACCACAGAUGGAUCCAAGAAGACCAGGAAGGUGGGGUAAAAUGCAUGUUUGCAUUGCAUGGCAGAUCCACCAUCAUAAGCUGAGGGUGAAGAAGAUGGAAGUGGAUACACAUGCUAUCGACUUCAGUUUCAAGACAGAUCUUUUGACUAGGCCUCCUGGUUCUGAUCUGAUUCAAGCCAUUCGCUGUCAGCGGGACCUCAUCCAGUCCUCCUCCCCUCUUUCUUACCCAGAAUCAUACAGUAAAAGUCUGUCAUUUGGAGGUUUGGGGACAGCUAGCAUCACAGCCUAUAGAGGACCAGUAAACCCAGCACUAAACUAUCCUAUGAUCUAUCAUAAGGAAAUGGUAAAUCCACUGGGUCAAAGAGGAACUCCUGAGUGGUGGGGAGGACAAAAGACACCCCAAUCCACUCAACACCAAACUCACCAUUCUACACAACCCGAAAAACCAGGAAGAGAUUCAACAAGGGACCGUCAGGACAGAGACACAGUCGAGAGAGGGGGACAGCAGCUGCACCUACCCAGAGAGAAGAUGGACGACAAACAGCACACAGUGCAGAAGCACCAAGGACACAAUGCUGCAGAGUAUACACAUUCACCUGCUCGAGACAAGCCUGCUCCUCAAACAACGACCGAAGAACCUCCUCAGCGGUCCACUGACAUCCGUGGCUGGGAUCCAUGUGAAAAGAAGCAUGACCUUGAGGCCGACAACUACAUGAAGGCCAAGAAAAUGAAAAAAUGGGAGAGAGAGGACGACCAGGCGGAGUUAAAGGAGGGCCUGGUACCCCAGGAGCCCAGGAAGAAACCCUUGGGGACCUCUACAACACACACACUAUCCUCCCUGUCAGUGCAACACAGGGUUCCGCGGCUCUACCCAGUAAAUAGCACAUGUAACCUGGCUCAGGUUGGCACAUUCAUUACAGGUCUCAUUCCAUACCCAGGAGCGGAGGGUUUUCCUGACCCUGCGCUUUCCUGGAACCCACCAAGAGACCCUCUGUGGGAUGUACACAGGGCCAUGGACCUCCCAUUCUCUUCCCAGCGAGAGCUGGUCAUAAGGGCUACUCCUCUGCAUGGUUUGGUAGGGGCCGGUCUAUUGGAGGGAGUGGACUCCUCAUACAGGCAGCCUCAUCGCUGCUUUCCACCUUGUCCCCCGCCACAGACCUUGAAGCAGCAGGAGAAUGUUUACCUUAUGGAGAAAGAACAUCUGAGAAUGCUCAGAGAGGACUACUACCAUCACAGACUCUGUUUGGCAACAAUGGGCAGCCAUCUCCCCCUUCUCAGCAACCUAACCCCCACAUACCCCAGGUCAAAUAUAUCUAGGGCGGGCUUCGCGCAGAGCCACCGAAGUAGCCUCCUAAACCCAACUUCUCUUCCUGGGUCCUUAAGGACACUUCCCCCACCAGUCGGCUUCUCUCUUCCCCUGUCUGAGGUUCCACACAGGAUGACCCCCUAAUGAGAACUUAGAGGAUUUUAAAUACCCAACUCUGUGUGCUUUUCCAUGCCUUAGAACUCUAUCCCAGUGAGGUAUUGCUUCAAGACAAAUUCCCGGAUUGAGAUUACUGCCAGUAUUACACAGAUAAAGGACAAACAACUGUGUUUUGAAAAAGUUUGAAUGUAUUCACAUAACUUAAAACACCAAUAAACUGAUUAACAAUGA